AUGGCUGAUGAUAUUGUUUUUGAAUUAUUACAUUCAGAAAUAAUUAACUACUCUCUAGAGCAGAAUAAAAGCAGCAAUGGUAAGGAGGUCGAUUUAUCCGUCGUGGAGUAUAUUGGUUUUGCGGCGGGUUACAAAAUUAUGGAAAGACUGACCAGAGAAUGGCCAAGAUUUAAGGAUGAGUUAGACACAAUGAAGUUUAUAUGUACCGAUUUCUGGACGUGUAUUUAUAAAAAACAGAUUGAUAAUCUCAGAACGAACCACCAAGGUGUUUAUGUUCUUCAAGAUAAUGCAUUCAGAUUUCUUAUAAACUUUUCUAGCGGCCAACAGUAUUUGGAAUAUGCUCCUAGGUACGUAGCCUACACGUGUGGUCUUAUCAGAGGCGGUCUGGCUAAUUUGUGUAUCAACAGCAUAGUCACAGCAGAAGUGCAGACAAUGCCCUCCUGUAAAUUUCACAUUCAUGUUCAAAGAUCGUAA